CUUAACUGUUUUUCACAGUGCGCAUGCUCGAAGUAGCUUCGGGCUUAGUUAGUUAGCCUGCGCCUGCUUAUAAAGUCCCAUGUGAGCGAGUACCUCUGCGGGAUGGCAACAGAAGCGAAACGAGCCAAGGUAGAGGAUGGUUCAGAGCUGAGCCCCCUGCAGAGCUUUGUACAGUGGUGUGACAGAGUCGGCUUGGAGCUCAGCAGUAAGGUGUAUGUGAGUAAAGAGGGGACUGUGGCAGAGUAUGGGAUGUUAGCUAAGGAUGACAUAGAGGAAGGGGAGAUUUUGUUCACCAUCCCCAGAUCAGCUCUUCUCCAUCAGGGAACAACCAAAGUUUCUGCCUUGCUGGAAAAAGAGCAGUCAUCUCUGCAGAGCUCCUCAGGUUGGGUUCCCCUGCUGCUGGCUUUGCUGUAUGAGUACACAUCCUCAGAGUCCCACUGGAAACCCUACCUCUUUUUGUGGACUGACUUCAAGACAAUGGAUCAUCCCAUGUUCUGGCCUAAAGAGGAGAGAGAUGGACUCUUGAGGGGAACAGGUGUCCCAGAGGCAGUGGACAGAGACUUGGCUAAUAUCCAGCAGGAAUACACAGACGUGGUCCUGCCUUUCAUGACCAGACAUCCUGACCUCUGGAACCCCAGCGUACACACACUGGAGUUGUACACACAGCUUGUGGCCUUUGUCAUGGCCUACAGCUUCCAAGAGCCGCAGGAAGAGGAGGAUGACAACGAGGAGGAGGAGGAAGAGGAGAAGGCUCCCAACCCACCGAUGAUGGUUCCCAUGGCUGACAUGCUUAAUCAUGUGUCCAGUCACAAUGCUAACCUGGAGUUCACACCAGAAAGUUUGAAGAUGGUUUGCGUGCACCCUAUUCAUAAAGGCGAGGAGGUGUUUAAUACUUACGGGCAGAUGGCCAACUGGCAGCUGCUUCAUAUGUACGGCUUCACCGAGCCAUAUUCAACCAACAGCAAUGACACUGCUGACAUCCCCAUCACCAACCUCUACAAAGCUGCCACACGAGGUAUUCAGUCUGAUUUGGACCGGCAGCUGGUUGAGGAGCAGUGGGAGGUGUUGCGUCAGAUGAUGCAAGAGAAAGCAGCCUUUGUCUUUGGUAAACAAGGCUGCCUUACAGACACAGAACUCCAUACUGCGCUCAAGGUGCUGUGCAUGUCAAAGGAAGAGCUGUCAGAGUUUAAAGACAAUGAAGGAUGGGAAGAAGAUGACGAGGAUGAUGAGAAGAUUUCCCUGGCGUUCACCAAUGAAGGUCUUUGUGAGUUAAAGGCUUCAUGGAAACGGCUGAUUCAUGAGGCAGCCCGUCUGACUCUGAGGUCCUAUGGAGAUGGGGAGGAGGAGGAAAAAAUCGUGGGUAUCGACCGGUCGUUGAUGGAGGAUAAGGCAGCACUCGCAGGACUGAGCUGCAGGCAGCGGAAAGCGCUGCACGUACGCUACGGGCAGAAGAGCAUCCUGUAUGGACUCAUGGAGCUAACCAAGUCAUGAGCUCAGCUCUGACAGGGACCACAGUGGAGGUUUUUAAUCGUACUUGUUCACCAUCUUUCUUUAAAGAUCUGGUUAAUUAAACAAAUUUCUCAAAAGAUGGGUUUUUUGGACUGUUGACUUUUAAAAUUUUAUCCCACCCCCUGCUCUUCUACCUGUGAUUGCUUUUUCCCCACACUGAAAGGAGAAUCGAAACACCCGUCUUUUCUGAUACACAUCACUAUGUUCCUGAUUACAUCUGUGGCUUAGUUAGGGUUGUGUAGUAACACAAUAACACACAUGUAUAUGCAUAAACAUUAGUAGCAAUUUGUAUAAACUUGCUUAAUGGAACAACCAACCUGUUUGUAUCCAAAUAGUUGAAAGUUUUUAAUGACAAAUUUAA